GGUUCGGGGCGUUUAAAGCGCUUCCGGUGGCUCCUUCUCUCUCCGGAGGCUUCAGUGACGGAGAUUCAGCAGCUCACCGGGAGAAAGGAAUGAUGAUGAUGAUGAUGAUGAUGAUGAUGAUGAUACCGGUGUUGUCUUGCCGAACCGAGCCGAGAGCGCGUGGCCGGGAGGAAAGGAGCGCGUAACCGCGGCGCGCGCGGCCGUGCCUGUGUGUGUGCGCGCCCCCGCCCCUGAUUAAGGCUUUAUUCCAGCAGCAGCAGCAGCAGCAGUGUUAAUGAUCGCUCUCACUCCUCUCUCUGGACCUGUGUAUAUGUAGUGUAUGUGUGUGUAGUGUCUAGUGUGUGUGUGUGUGUGUGUGUGUGUGUGUGUGUGUGGAUUUAAUCUGGGAGUGAGGAUGAGUGAGGAGGCGAGCAGUGUGCCGAGAGAGCUACUGGAGAGCGUCCGGGAUGCAGUCGGGAGGAAAAUCAAGCUGGUCCUUAAGAAGAAAGUCAAACUGGAGGUCAAAGGUGAUAAAGUGGAGAACAGAGUCCUGGCUCUGGCAUCACAUCGUGGAUAUCUCCUCACUGCACGCAUUCCUGCCAAGGUAGAACAGACGUUCAGCUAUUUGGAGCUUCAGGGCAUCACAUGUACCAAACCCACACAGUGUGUGUUGGAGUAUGAGAGAGGUCAGAUCUCCCUCAGGCUGGCGUCCAUGGAGGAGGUGAACGAGGUGGUGUGUCACAUCGGCGUGUGUGUGCAGAGGAUCUGCCCCUCCCUGUCUCCUGUUAAGGUGAUGAAGAAGUUGUCCAUGGAGCCUCCGGAGAGAAUCGCGGCUCUGCAGAGCGUCUGGGAGACUCAGAGUUCAGGAGAACCAGGACCCUGCGGUGGAUUCUCUCAGCAGUACAGGUGUGUGUGUGACUGGCUCGGUGUACCUUACAGAGAAGAAGUUCAGUGGGACGUGGACACGAUUUACCUGACGCAGGACACACGUGAGCUGAACCUCCAGGACUUCAGUCACCUGGAGAACAGGGAUUUGGUAGCAAUAAUCGCCGUUCUGGAGUUUAACCAGUGGUUCACCAAACUCGCUACAAAAGACUACAAACUGUCUGCAGACGUGUGUGAUCAGAUUUUGAGAGUCGUUGCGCGUUCCACUCGUCUGGAGGAGCUCGUCCUGGACAACGCAGGACUCAAAACGGAUUUCGCACAGAAGCUGGCGAACGCUCUCUCUCAUAACGCCAACUCAGGACUGCACUCGCUAAACCUCGCCAACAAUCCUCUGGAGGACAGAGGAGUUGCUUUUUUAGGCGCUCAGUUUGCUAAACUCCGUAAAGGCCUCAAACACCUCAACCUCUCCAGAACCUCGUUAUCACCCAAAGGGGUGAACAGCCUCGCCCAGUCGCUGAGCGUUAACCAGUCCAUGCCCAGCACACUCAGCUACCUGGACCUCUCAGGGAACCUCCUGCGUGGAGACGACCUCUCGCAUUUUUAUCAUUUCCUCGGCCAGCCGAACAGCCUGAGCACGCUGGACCUGUCCAACACCGACUGCUCGCUCGACUCGCUUUGCUCUGCUCUUCUGAAAGGAUCGCUUCAGCAUCUCUCUGUUCUUAACGUGUCGAAGAGCGUCUUCGCUCACAGGAAAGGUAAAGAUAUUCCUCCUGCGUUUAAGCAGUUCUUCAGCAGCGCCGUCACCCUCAACACCAUCAACGUCUCCGGAACCAAACUGCCCCCUGAGGCUUUAAAAGCGCUCCUGCUCGGCCUGGCCUGUAACCCCAACCUUAAAGAGGUGGCGCUGGACCUCAGCUGCUGUGAGCUUGGCCACUGUCUACGCUCCGGAGGCUCACAGAUCCUGGAAGGCUGUAUCGCUGAGAUUCCCAACAUUUCCAGCCUCGAUAUUUCUGAUAACGGUCUGGACUCGGACAUGAGCACGCUGCUGGUGUGGCUCGCCAAGAACCGCUCCAUCAGACACCUGUCCCUCGGCAAGAACUUCAACAACAUCAAAUCAAAAAAUCUUGCUCCGGUCCUCGACAACCUCGUGCACAUGAUCCAGGAGGAAGAAUCACCUCUGACGUCUCUGUCUCUGGCCGACUCGAAGCUGAAAGGAGAGCUGAGCAUUGUCCUGAACGCUCUGGGCAGUAACGGCUCUCUGACGCGAGUGGACAUCAGUGGGAACGGGAUGGGGGACCUCGGGGCUAAGAUGCUGGCUAAAGCCCUGCAGAUUAACAGCAAGCUCAGGACAGUCAUCUGGGACAGAAACAACGUCAGUCCACAGGGUCUUCAGGACGUCGCUGCAGCACUGGAGAAGAACUUCACCAUCCGCUUCAUGCCCAUCCCCAUCAUCGACGCGUCUCAGGCGCUGAAGGCGAGUCCGGAGAAAACCGAGGACGCACUGAUGAGGAUGGAGAACUAUCUGUUCAGGAACCACGAAACUCGGAAAUAUGUUCAGGAGCAGGCGUAUCGUCUUCAGCAGGGCAUCGUCACCACCACCACGCAGCAAAUGAUCGACCGGAUUUGCGUGAAGGUACAGGACCACCUCAACUCUCUGAAGAACUCUGAGCAGGACACCAUAUUGGAAGACGUCAAAAUGGCGGAGAACCUGAUAAAGGAUGCGAGGAACUCAAAAACGCUCCUCCCCAACCUGUACCACCUCGGCGCCGCGUCCCGAAAGGAGCUGAAUGGUUCCUCCGUCGGUCCGAUCCAGGAGAAACUGGACUCCAUGGCUGGAGAAGUGGCUCAGGUCAUGGAUGAGCAGCUCCAGAGUCUUUUGGAGUCAAUGGUGGACACGGCGGAGAGUCUCUGUCCUCAUGUGAUGCGGAAACCCAACCUGCGUCACGAGCUGAUCAAAGCAGGGACGGGGAAGAUGACCGUACCACGAAGCUUCGUCAAGAACACACUGCUCGAGCAGUCUGGCAUUGACAUCAUCAACAAGAUCAGUGAAGUGAAGUUGAGUCUGGCUUCAUUCCUGUCCGAUCGGAUCGUUGAUGAAAUUUUGGAAGCUCUCUCUGGCUCUCAGAAUACUCUGGCGGAGCACCUGGUGAGAAAAGGGCGCCCCCUGGUGCAGCAGGAGUCCUUGGACUCGGAUGUCCCGGAGGUCAGAACCUCCAAACGGAGCACCAUGGAGCUGCUGGAAGCUGAGAGACUGGACGACCUUGAGACCUGCAUGAUGACUCCAAAGUCGAAAAGGAAGAGCAUCCACAGCCGGAUGCUGAGGCCUGUCUCCAGAGCUUUUGAGAUGGAGUUUGACCUGGACAAGGCUCUGGAGGAUGUUCCCAUCCAUGUUGAAGACCCUUCACCUCCUGCUAAACUGGACAAAAAGCCACCAGGUGUCAUGGGAGAGCUGCCAUCCGAAGAAGCCAAGAAACUCCAACAUUACACCAAAUUACGGCCCAAGAGGAACAAGAAUACCCAUUCGAGCAGGGUUCCUCAGGUCAGCAGAAUGCCAUCUCAGGAGGGAGAGCUGAACGGCCUCAUGGGAAGGGUGGAUGAGGGCGUGGAUGAGUUCUUCUCCAAGAAAGUCACCAAGAUGGACAAGAAGAUGUCCUUGAAGGCUUCAGACUCUCAGGAUGCUGAAAAGAAGCGUGAUUUGCGCAAAGGUGGCUUCCUGAACCUCAUCAAGUCCCGCUCAGGCAAGGAGAAGGACAAGGAGAAGGACAAGGAGAAGGACAAGGAGAAGGACAAGGAGAAGGAGAAGGACAAGGACAAGGACAAGGAGAAGGAGAAGGACAAGGACAAGGAGAAGGACAAGGAGAAGACUUCCACUUCAGCCCCACCUCUAUCUCCGGUACCCCAGUCUACAGAGGAACCCUUGUCUCCUAAGGCCAAGUCCCAGUCUUUACGUUCGGAGCGCAGCAGCAGUUCGGAGCGCUCUGAGGAACUGAAAACACCGGACUAUGGAGUCCAGGUGAUGGGCUCCGGCCUGCUCGCUGAGAUGAAGGCCAAGCAUGAGAAGAGAGCCAAGAUCUCUGACUCCUCGUCGAGUCCAGAGAAGCCAGACGGACCUCCAUCAGGUCAGAGUAAGGUGGAGGUCAGCAGCACUGUGACGCUCCCUGAGAAGACGCCUCGGGUCGGGGGGGAUUUUAAACCCGAGGCAGCACCGCGGGCCCGAGGGUCAGGCCCGAACCCGACGAGCCCGAAACCUCCACCUCAGGGCACCAAACCGAGCCCAGGCCCUCGACCGGCCCUUCCGCAGAAACCCCGCAGCAGCAGCACACGCAGCAUCGACGAGAGCUCGGAGUCUCCUGUAGGGGGUCAUAAGGCUCCAUCCGCACUUCGGAAAGUGCCCUGGGAAAAGGACGGAUCCUCGAAUCCUCCACAGAGCAGCUCAGGCUCCAAGAACUCCACUCAGGAAGUGGACAUGACUGGAGGAGACGUUAGCGUAUUUAAACUCGAGCCUGAGCAGGAGAAAACAGCAGCACGACCCCCGGAGGAGGCGGAGGGCGAGCGAGAGCGAGAGCACAGGACGUCUCAAUCCCGACCCGCAAGAACAACCACGAGCACGAACCAGCAGAGCUCGGACGAGAACGGGUCAAAGGUCAAGGACAAAUCGGCCGAGAAGGACAAGGACUCGAGUCAGAGCAGCAGAUCGGCAGAUUCUGGAGAGGAAGCGGAUAAAGAUUUUAUUUUUAUAUAGAGUGAGACACGGAGAGAGAGAGAGAGAGAGAGAGAGAGAGAGAGAGAGAGAGACCGAGACCGCAUCACUCUGUGUUUCCACCCGUUUCAGGAAUCAAGACUGUUAAAAGUACCGAUGCAUUCCAGCUGCACUCUCAGAUACGUGUGUGUGUGUGUGUGUGUGUGUGUGUGUAAUACAGUCUUGUUCAAUUCUUCCGUAGCGUCUGAUCCGGUGUCUCUCACCGAGACCGGAAAGACUUCGCUGUAUGACGUGUCUUGCGUUAAUAUCCUCCUCACACGUAUGCUAAUUAGGGCUGAAACACUGUUAAAGCGCUGAACGAUCUCUCGUUUCUGCACUGAACACUAGGGGGCGCUUUACUAUCUGCCCCCGUGCCUUAGAGCUCCACUGUACUGUGAUCAGACCGAGCAGGACACUGACGGCGUCUCCGAUAACGUGUGCAUGUCUGAUUAACCUUUAAACAAAACAAAAAUAACAAGAACAGAAGAUGUCUCCGGUGUGUGUGUGUGUGUGUGUGUGUGUGUGUGUGUGUCAGGACUUGAUUCAGUUUCUAGUCUGUGGUUUAAGAUGGACGGAUCGGACUCCUGAUACGAGAUCAGAUUUGACAUGUCUAACUUUGUCCUGCUUUUUAAAGUCUUACUGCAUGUUUGUUGUGCAUCUGCCUGCUGUUUCUCAGCCUGUCUGAGUCUUUGGGGUGUGUGUUCAUGAAAAACAGCAAAACUGAUCUAAGAUCAGACAUCAGACAUCUAAGCUCAGACUCUUCACUUCAUUGUGGCGAUCUUGGAUCAUAUUCUUCCAGUAACAAGGUUUAGGAUCAUACACUUUCAGUUAAUGAUGAUCCAAGAUCUGACUUUGGAUGUGACUUAAGUUCGGACCCAAGAUCAAACACUUAAGUUAUUGAUCUCAAUUUAAGAUCAGACUUCUCAACUCUUUUGACCUAAGAUCAGAUUCUUCAAUUUUUUUAAAUCACAUUUUUUCCAGUUACAAGAUUUGGGGUCUUAUCUAUCCUGAUCAUCCAGCAUAUGGUGUUCUAAAAUUAGUAUUUUUUUUUCUGGUUAAUUGUGGCCUGGCAUCAGACUCCUCCAGUUCGAGGUGAUCUGGGAUCAGACUCCUCCAGUUCGAGGUGAUCUGGGAUCAGACUCCUCCAGUUCGAGGUGAUCUGGGAUCAGACUCCUCCAGUUCGAGGUGAUCUGGGAUCAGACCCUUCCAGUUCGUGGUGAUCUGGGAUCAGACCCUUCCAGUUCGUGGUGAUCUGGGAUCAGACCCUUCCAGUUCGAGGUGAUCUGGGAUCAGACCCUUCCAGUUCGAGGUGAUCUGGGAUCAGACUCCUCCAGUUCGAGGUGAUCUGGGAUCAGACUCCUCCAGUUUUGUGUGAUCCAGGGUCAGCUUUAUCUAAAGUUUUGUUUAUCUAAGAUCAGACCAGUUUGAUGAUAAAAUCUAUGAUGAAAUUUUUCUAAUCUAUCUAGGAUCAGACUCCUGUUUAUGACGAUUUAAGAUUAGAUACCUUCUUUUAUUUAUGAUAAAAAUGAUCAUGGAUCAGAUUGGACAUAUUUUUAAGAAUUUAGGAUCGUAUAUUUCCUUUUUAUGUUGGUCUGUGAUUAUAUUUCUCUAUUUAUUCCUCCAUUUAUCAACAUCAGAUAUAGUGAUGAGUGAUCAGACUUCUCUAUCUGCAGUGAUUUAAGAUCAGAAUAUAAGUUGAUUUAGAUCAGAUUGCACUAGUUUAUACUGAUGAGUGAUCAGACUCUAUCUGUGUUUAUAAUCUGAUUUAUGCUAAUCUAGGAUUGGACUCUUCUGCCAGACGGGAAGGAUAAGGAUCAUAUGCUUCCUGUUCUGAUGAUCUGAGAUCAGACCUUUCUGUUGACCUGAGAUUGGAUUCUUCUGAAAGUUUAUUUAAUUCGGUUUCUUCAUUUUAUGCUCUCAGAUUCCUCGCUAAUCGAGGAACACGUGUAAACAUCGUGUAAAAAUCUGAUUCCGGAUCAGACUCCUCUGUGUAUGGAUCAGAUUCUGAUCUUUAGGAUUUUAUUCUACAGGUUUCUGAUGAUGAUGUAAGAUGAUUGGAUCGAUGCUGAGGUUCUUCAUGAACACACGACUUCCUUUUUUUCUUCUUCUGCUGGAUUUCACCUUUUUCACAACGUUUUAUUCGUCACCUGCGUGCUCUUCUGACGUGUGUGUGAGAGUGUGUGAGAGUGUGUGAGAGUGUGUGAGAGUGUGUGAGAGUGUGUGAGAGUGUGUGAGAGUGUGUGAGAGUGUGUGAGUGUGAGUGUGUGUGUGAGUGUGUGUGUAUUUACACACGUACAGUCAGGUCCAAAGGUCUGAGUCUACAACUGAGAACAGGUUUUAUUUCAUCUCGUGUUAAUUAAACGAACAAAAAGUUUUCACAUAUGAACAAAUGUGGCUCUCUGAUAAUGAGCUGUCAUUUAAAACUUCAGAAAAUGUUCUGAAAAUAAAUUUAUUGAAAUUUUUUUUUGAAAACUAAAUCUAAAAUAAAUUGACUUUCUCUUUUUAAUUGCCUUUGGACAUUCUCGGCUUCUCGUAAUACACACCAGGUUUCUGUUUUUAUUUAUUUUCAUUAACAUCCAGCAGGAAAACUGAACAUGGAUCAUCUGGUUUUUUUUUUUUUAAAUAAAAAUAACAAUAAUCUGGAAAAAAGGCUUGAAUUUUUGGAAUUUCUCACAAAAAAAGGGCAAGCAACCUGAUGAAGUGAUAUUUUUUUUAAAACAAUCAAGCAAAAAGAAAACGCUUUUACAAGUCAUAAUAACUAUAAAUGAAUUCGGUACCAAAACACACAUUCUAGCUGCUUAAAUUAUUUAACAAGAAAUAAAAACGUUCAGGUCUGAGUUUGUUUUCUUUGAUUUGCGAAUUGAAAUUUUGCACUCUUUUUUUGUUUAUGUGCCAUUAAAGGAAAGGGGUGGAGCUUAUAGCAGAUAAUUGACAGCUCGUCACUGAUGAGGUUUCACCUGCACUUCUGUCUCAUUUCCAAACUUUAAGUGUUAAUUAAAUGUGCAUUAAAAUAUAAAACAAUUUUACAGUUUUUCCAUCAAACCUGUUGGUGUUGAACUGCGAGUUCUGGAUCCUGAUGUGUUUCAUGAUUUAAUUUAAUAUCUGUGAUUAAACUGAUUAACACUUGCACACAUCUGGAAGGCGGAGUUUAUGUUAAUAAGGUACUAAGCACAUAAAAGCUCUGUCGUUUAUUAUCAGAAAACAAACAGAAGUUGGUGCUUUCCUUUUAUCUUUUCUUCCUCCUUUGUUUCUUUUCUCUUUUUAAUCCUUCACGGCUCUUCCUCUUCCCUUCAGAUGUACAUUUUGUUGAUAUGAAUGAUUUAUAUUAAUGUUAUUGUUAUAAUGAUUUAAGGUUAUUAUUUUUUCUUUAAGGUUAAGGGGAACUGGGAUUGAUGUAUGUAAGCAGAUCAGUGUUAAUAUAUAAUGUGAUCUUUUUAAAAGCAGCACGUGUGUGUGUGUGUGUGUGUUUUGUUUUUGUUUUUUGUUUUUUUGUUCGUAAUCACAGUAUUUUGAUCUCGUUUGAACUCUAACAUGUUUCACUCGUGCACUGUGUAGUUUGUGGACGUUUCGUUAUUUUUUCCCGACGCGUUUCUAUCAAUCGGAUUAAAACUGAUUUUACACA